UAGAAUAACAAUAUUCGAUUGGCGUUGUUAUUCGGGAGGGAAAGUAACAUGAUUAAUUUCAUUUGUAGAAGCUCCUUUUUGGAUUAAUAAUAGUUCCAGAAAAGAAAUGUGCCGCGUUGCUAUAGCAACGUAAAGAAGCGUAAAGAUCAAGUGGAUUUAUAACUUGACACAGUUCUUCAGAGCAUGAUGACUGAGCUCGAUAUCGUGCAAGAAGACUCCAGCAAUGAACUUCUCUUCCGUAAGACCACGACGGAACACCUUCGCGAGUCAUCCGUGGGGCAGUACUUAACCGACCAUUCCAGGUUUGCACGUCAGUGGUUUCUAAAUAAUGCUACCCCCGAAAUGAUAUCCGAAUGGCUGCUAGGGCACGGUUACGAUACUGAUCCGGAAAUGCCGGAUAAUGUCCUGUCGCUGACGGAUUCUUACAAUAAGGCUACCAGAAGUGGGAGGAACUCUGUAACAUCAGAACUUUUCCAAGACAUGGUGACGUGCCCUAAAAAGAAGAAAGCCAAUGGUGCUAGCAAGUUAAGCCGUAAAGAACUGCAACAACAUCUCAAGAGCCUCAAAGAACCUGAUCUUUUGAUGGAACUUAUACGAGACAUCGCGAAUGAGCUAGAUGUCGACACGCUGUCACAUAAGAUACUAGUAAAUGUGAGCAUUUUAACAAACAGCGACAGGGGUAGCCUUUUCCUGGCUAAGGGACCUAGAGGAGCUCGGUAUUUAGUGGCCAAACUGUUUGAUGUCACACCAGACUCAGUUCUUCAAGAGGCCCUGAAUGCAGCUGUGGACGAAGAUGGAGAGUCUAGAAUUCCGCCCAUACCGUUUGGUGUUGGAAUCGCUGGUCAUGUGGCACUGACCAAGGAGAAUGUCAACAUUAAAGAUGCCUACCAGGAUCCCAGAUUCAACAAGGAGAUAGAUGCUCGAACCGGUUAUCGUACCGUAAGUGUUAUGUGCCAACCAAUUCUCAAUUUCCAAGGCGACGUGAUCGGAGUAGCGCAAUGCAUUAACAAAGUCACAGGUGAUCAUCAGUUUACUGAACAAGAUCAGGAGGUAAAAUAA